CCCGGCGCCUCAGUAGUGGGAUUCAGUGUGGUCAGAUUGACACAGUAAAGGAGCACAGAGGAGGACAGUUCAGACAUCAUGGGCAUCAAAUUCCUGGAGGUGAUAAAGCCUUUCUGUGCAGUUCUGCCAGAAAUCCAAAAGCCUGAGAGAAAGAUCCAGUUCAGAGAGAAAGUAUUAUGGACUGCCAUCACUCUUUUCAUCUUCCUGGUGUGCUGCCAGAUUCCCCUCUUUGGCAUCAUGUCAUCAGACUCUGCAGAUCCAUUCUACUGGAUGAGAGUAAUCCUGGCCUCAAACAGAGGUACCCUGAUGGAGCUGGGUAUCUCCCCUAUCGUCACCUCAGGCCUGAUAAUGCAACUGCUGGCUGGAGCUAAGAUCAUUGAAGUCGGAGACACACCGAAAGACAGGGCCCUCUUCAAUGGAGCUCAGAAAUUGUUUGGAAUGAUCAUCACCAUCGGCCAGGCGAUUGUUUAUGUGAUGACUGGCAUGUAUGGGGAUCCCUCGGAGAUGGGUGCAGGAAUCUGUCUGCUCAUCAUCAUCCAGCUCUUUGUGGCUGGGCUUAUUGUCCUACUGCUGGAUGAGUUGCUCCAGAAGGGCUAUGGUCUGGGUUCAGGUAUUUCUCUCUUCAUUGCUACCAACAUCUGUGAGACGAUUGUAUGGAAGGCCUUCAGCCCCACAACAGUGAACACUGGAAGAGGUACAGAGUUUGAAGGUGCAAUCAUUGCCCUUUUCCACCUGCUGGCCACUCGCACAGACAAAGUGCGUGCUUUGAGAGAGGCCUUCUACAGACAGAACCUGCCAAACCUCAUGAACCUCAUCGCCACUGUGUUUGUUUUUGCUGUAGUUAUAUACUUCCAGGGAUUCAGGGUGGAUCUGCCCAUCAAGUCGGCACGCUACCGCGGCCAAUACAACACCUACCCCAUCAAACUCUUCUACACUUCAAACAUCCCCAUCAUUCUGCAGUCUGCUCUGGUCUCCAACCUGUACGUUAUCUCCCAGAUGCUUUCAACACGCUUCAGUGGCAAUUUCCUGGUUAAUCUUCUUGGUACCUGGUCUGACACAUCGUCAGGUGGUCCGGCUCGUGCCUACCCUGUGGGUGGCCUCUGCUACUAUCUCUCUCCUCCUGAGUCGUUUGGCUCCGUUCUGGAUGAUCCGGUCCAUGCAAUCAUCUACAUCGUCUUUAUGCUUGGAUCUUGUGCCUUUUUCUCCAAAACCUGGAUUGAAGUCUCAGGCUCCUCAGCAAAAGAUGUGGCCAAACAGCUGAAGGAGCAGCAGAUGGUGAUGAGGGGGCACAGAGAAACCUCAAUGGUUCAUGAACUGAACAGGUACAUCCCUACAGCUGCUGCCUUCGGUGGGCUGUGUAUAGGUGGUCUAUCAGUUAUGGCAGACUUCCUCGGAGCCAUUGGCUCAGGCACGGGUAUCCUGCUGGCCGUCACUAUCAUCUAUCAGUACUUUGAGAUCUUUGUGAAAGAACAGAGUGAAGUUGGCAGCAUGGGGGCCCUGCUCUUCUAAAACCUCACACCUUCUACAAACUUCAUUUGAAAAAUCACCAACCUUGCAUUUAUUUUCCAUUUGUGAAGCCCCUGUAUCUUCAGCUCUCACGUUUGGAGCAGUUUACAGAGUCUUUAGGAAUCUCAGUUGAAAUGGGAGCUGCACGACUUGUUGCUCCUUCAGUAAAAGUUACACAAAGACCAACAUGUAAAUCCAUCAGACGUUCUGUCUGACCCAAACUCCCAGAGAUUCAUUUUUUCCUUCUGCUCUGUGUACGAGAUGAAGUCCUUUUGGAGUGAGGUCGUUUUUCAACUGACAACAGAGUGCUUCAGUAUGCAGGCAUACUCAACAGAGGACGGAGGUCAACAGCCUGCUCGAUGGACAAAAACCCUUUAUGUUCUGCUUGGUGUUUUCUUUGUUUAAACUUUUACUCUUGUCCUUGUUUUAUUUUUCUGUGCAUCUGCCAACUCCAUGAGGGUGUGGACCAUCGGACGCUGAGUCAAGUGCUGUCAUUUUCCUGAUGUGUGAUCCUGUUAAAGAUGUCGUUAACAGGGUCUUAAAGAAGCAGUGGAGCUCACAUUGGGUUCAAGCUGUCAGAAAAAUCCAUGUUAAUGUUAACAGUCCUCUGAUGAACCAUUAAAAAAUGGUCCUGUCUGUUUUAAUGUAUGGCAUUCCCAGGGAAAUGCAGUAUUAACUCGCAUGUCAUGUUUAUUUUUGUUACCCCCUUCCUAAAAAUUUGUUUUGUAAUUGUCUGCUUUAAAAAAAACUGGCUCUAAUUGUUUUCCACACCUGGCAGAUUAUGAUUCUUUGUACAUAGUCCAUACAUUGAAUAAUGUGUGUAAAAUAAAAGCUUUGAAUAUGUAAAAUGAUACAUUUCAGAACAAACUUCUAGAAAAACAUUCUCAAUAAAACCUUUUGUGGUAAAAA